AAACACGUUUUCAAAGUGUUUUCGUUGUCGGCCAGAACAUGGUAUUAAGUUGGUCAACUUGCUUUUCAAUUUCGGGCAAAAAUAAUCGAUUAAUCACUACCAUUUCUAAAAAGUUAACACAAAAGCAGGAAUUUUCUUUAUUCUCUAUAUUCUGUUAAAAAUAUACAUAUAGAUAAUUACGUUGUCAUAAUGUAUACUGUGCCUGUGAUACCACCCGAUCUACGUCACGAGGAAACUAUAAUCCAAGCAGCCAUAGCUCUGGAUUGUCUACAAAAAACAAUAAAUUCUGUCUUUGACCACAUUGACAAUCGCACCCAGCGGAAUAAUGCGAAAGUGCAAGAGUUGAGCACACGUAUUGAGCGGGCACAGGGGAAAAUACGCAGUUUGGUUGGUACAAAAAAGGCAAUUAAAAUUUACUCACCAGCUCGUUUUCCAUCGUCGCAAAUUUUCCAAGACAUCCCACAAACUUUUGGUAAUACAGACACAAUGCUGGAACUACAUUUACAACAGCAGCAACAAAAACAAAAUGUGGAUUAUGAAGUCCAUAGUCGCGCAGAUGCACCACCGUCUCAAGCAUUGCAAGAAAAAUUGGUAUUCUUUCAUGUUCGUUACAAGGACGUUGAAGCGCCUCAACAUGGUCAUACUGUUGCCGCAAGUAAAGCGCAUGUAAACAGAACCAUUGGUAUGGGUGCGGUGCCGGAAAAAUUACGUUCAACAUCUUCGCUACUGCAUUGCAACAGCGGCGAAGUAGUUUACGGUUGCGAAAGUGCUGAGAAAGAUUCGUGGAAAAAAGCCAAAUUCUUUAAAUCAACACGUCAACGUCAAAACGACAACACGGAGCAAAAGCAACUCUUGGAACCAGCUCCUCACUCGUUAGCUCACCGCAAUCAAAAAGUAAACUCUUUCGGAGGUUUGCGCUACACACCGCGAUUGUAUGAAGCGCCGGAGAUAGAUCUGCCACUGGAUUUGCCUGAUUUGCCCGGCAUUGCUGAUGAUAUACAUUUCGAGGGCAAAGAUCAGCAACAAAUAGCGCCUUCGUUAUACAUUGAGAAUCUGCCCGAUUUGCCUGAAUUGGAAGAGUCAAACUGUAAACUAGGAAACAUCUCACAAUCAAUCGAAGUACGGGGAACACACCAACUAAUGCCACCAAUUCCGCCAGCAGCACUCGCGGACGUUAAGCAAUCUAGCAGUGUGGUAGACUCAACUAUAGUAGUAGCAACAGCAACAACUCCACCACCACCUCCUCCACCACCGCCACCGCCACCGCCACUACCACCGACAUGCUUGGUACCAAAGUAA